AUGGCGCCAGUGUACAAGUUUGCGCUGAUACAGCUUAAGCCCAAGCCGGUCGACCCAGAAGCCAACUUCGCCCGUGCAGAAGCACACAUCCGCGAAGCCGCGGCCCAGGGCGCCCAUGUAGCCGUGCUGCCAGAGUAUCACCUCACGGGCUGGGUCCCCGACCACGCAGACUUUGUCUCCGCCACGAGGGCCUCGGCGGCGUACCUGGCCCGGUACCGGGGCCUAGCUCGCGAGCUGGACAUCAGCAUCGUCCCGGGUACCAUCUGCGAGGUGCAUCCCCGUCGCCAGGCGGACGAGCCGCCGCAGGAGGAGGAGGAGGAGCAGGAGGCCGGCAGGGCCGACAGGCGGGGCAUCGAGAUCCGCAACAUGGCGUACUUUGUCGCCGCGGGCACGGGCGAGGUGCUCGGCGCCUACCAGAAGAAGAACCUCUGGCACCCGGAGCGCCCGCACCUGACGUCCUCGGGCCAGGACGCGCACACGGCGUUCGACACGCCCCUGACCUGGGAUGAUGACGACGAAGGCGUUGGCGGGGAGAAGAAGAAGGAGAAGAAGGCCGUGCGCGCGGGGAUGCUGGUGUGCUGGGACCUGAGCUUCCCCGAGGCGUUCCGGGAGCUCGUGGCCGACGGCGCGGACGUGGUGUUCGUGCCGUGCUGCUGGUACCUGUCCGACGUGGACCGGGCGGCGCGGGAGAUCAACCCGCAGUGCGAGCGGGUCUUCCUCGAGAGCGUGACGGUGGCGCGGGCGUGCGAGAGCGGCAUCGCCGUCGUGUUUGUCAACGAGGGGGGGCUGAGCCGCGUGGCGAUGCCGCUGGUCGGGGUCGUGGAGGGGAGCCAGAUGGAGCCUGGGGCUGAGGGGAUGAGGGUCGUGGACGUGGACCUCGGGGUCCUGAGGGUGGCGGAGGGGAACUACCGCGUCCGGAAGGACAUGAUGGGGGAGGGGUGGCAUUAUGCGCAUACGCUCAUGAGAGGACGGGGAGGAGGUGGGAGUUGA